UAAAAGAACAGAGGGAGCAGAAGAGAAGCAGGAUCUUCAAGGCGAGUCAACCCAAGAGAGAGGGGAGGUGGAGGAGGAGGAAGAAAGAGGAAGAGAUGGGGUUUUUGUCCCACAAAAUUGAGAGGUCGGAGGUUAAGCCGGGAGACCACAUCUACGCCUGGAGGGCGCUCUUUACUUACUCCCACCAUGGCAUUUAUGUUGGAGGAAGCAAGGUGGUUCACUUUACGCGCAAGAAGGACACAUCAGGCACUAACUCAUCCAACUCCUCCGGUUUGAGCUCAGGGGCUCCAUCUCCUUGCCCAACCUUCCCUGACUGUGGUUUUCAGCAACCUGACAGUGGAGUUAUUCUCUCUUGCUUGGAUUGCUUCCUUGGCAAUGGCUCCCUCCACCGCUUUGAGUAUGGAGUGCCACCCUCGGUAUUCCUUGCCAAAGUCAGAGGUGGUACAUGCACAACAGCGGAAUCCGACCCACCCGACACAGUGAUUAGUAGAGCAAUGUUCCUACUUCAGAAUGGAUUUGGAAACUAUGAUCUGUUUGAGAACAAUUGUGAGGAUUUCACACUCUAUUGCAAGACAGGCCUUCUAUCCCUUGAUGAACUGGGCAUAGGUAGGAGUGGACAAGCAUCAUCAGUCAUAGGUGUUCCAUUGGCAGCUCUUUUUUCAACUCCCUUCAAGUUGCUGGUGGCAGGUCCAGUGGGGAUGGCCACUGUGACUGCUGGGAUGUACUGUGCAGGGAGAUACAUCACUGACAUAGGGGUUAGAAAGGAUGUGGUCAAGGUUGCAGUUGAGGACUUAGCUGCAAACCUUGGUUGGCAACACCCACAGGAGGAGGAAACAGCAGAGAAAGGUUCUGAGAGAGUGCUUACUUUGCUGCCCAUGGAAGAGGAGACACCAAAAUAACAUCUGUGGCCAUGUUGCAGGUGCGCAUUGGUGGGGCUUCCUUCCAUGCUUCAUUUAUUAGUUGAUUUGGUUGAUUUGGUGUGGUUUAAUUAGUUUGAUGGUGAUGAAGUCAGUGUAGGUUGUCUUCCGCCAUUGAACUUGACCUAUAGAUCAUCAAUUGUCAGAUCAUUGUGAAUCGUCCUUGUAAGGAGCACAUGAAUGUGGUAAUAAAGAUGGGCAUUUAAAAGAGCUGAUUCUUAA